AUGGUUAACAAAAAGUCGUCCCUCACAAUGCUCAGCCAUAUAGAGCAGGACCCAGCUCACCAUCUCGCUGGUCCUUUCUUGCCACAAACUCCUAUAGGCUCUCUCACACCAGAGAGGAGCAAUUCUCCCGAUGUCAGACGACGACACCAACCGCGCGCUGUAAAUCCUUUCCUCCGUUGGGCUGUAGUUCCAGUGGCCUCAUUAAAGGUGCUCCUUGUACCAAUCAUCCUCUAUGUCAACUGGCAGCUCGUAUCUCCCAUCCUCGCUCAGCUCAUUCCCCAAGGAAACACCUACCUCUCCUCCGACUUUUUUAAUCCAUUCGCCCGAUUCUUCCUCCUUUCACAUCCUGUUCCUUCCUUGAACGAGGAGAGUCCACGCUACCAGAAAGGCUGGUCCGACCUCCUUUUCAUCGCGUAUUAUGUGGUAUUCUGGUCAUUGAUACGUCAAAGUCUAUCUAUCUACUUGCUAAAACCUAUGGCGCGUUAUUAUGGUAUUAAAAGGGAACAGAAACUGGACCGAUUCGCAGAGCAGGGAUAUGCCGUGGUAUACUUCGCUGUCAUGGGUGCUUGGGGAUAUCGCAUUAUGGGCCAACUUCCUACUUGGUGGUAUCGUACCGAAGCAUUUUGGAUAGACUACCCCCACUGGGAUAUGAAGCCGGAACUAAAACGAUACUAUCUCAUGCAGAUGGCGUACUGGGUUCAGCAACUUUUGGUACUUGUCCUAGGCUUGGAGAAGCCACGUAAGGACUACUAUGAACUUGUGGCUCAUCAUAUUGUCACUAUAUGGCUCGUCGGCUGGAGUUAUCUCAUCAACCUUACCCUCAUCGGAAACGCCGUAUACAUGAGCAUGGAUAUCCCAGACACGUUCCUAGCUUUUUCGAAAAUACUCAAUUACCUUCAGGCAGAACGCGCCAAAAUCGUCUCUUUCGUUGUUUUCACCUUCGUCUGGACAUAUUUCCGCCACAUCCUCAAUUUCUAUAUACUCUACUCAGUGUGGUUCGAGUAUGAUCUAACUCCUGAAUCAUCGAAAGUAUGGAUAUGGGCCGAUGGAACCUACCUUAACUGGUGGAUGAAAUAUCAGGUCUUUGCGCCGUUGCUUUUGCUUCAAUUCUUGAACCUCUUCUGGUACUUCUUGAUUAUGCGUAUUGCCUACCGAGCAAUGACUAGCAACGAGGUAUCCGAUGAACGUUCCGACGACGAGGAUGAUGGAGAAGCUGAGGAUGAUGAAGAGGACACAGUCGUUUCUCGUUCCAAAAAGGAUGACUAA